AUGGCAAAGCUCACUGAUCUAUCCAACGAAUUGCUCUAUUCUAUUGUCGCACAUCUUGAGACCGGUCGCUGGUCGGAUGUCAGAGCACUAUGGCAAUUAUGCAAAACAUCCCGCGCGCUGGCAGCUGUUGCGCAACCAGCGCUCUACACCUGCGUGGUACUAGGACAGUCGAUGCCCGAGACCAUGAGAUCUCUUGAGCUCUUCUUGCGGACCUGUGUCGAACGCCCCAAGCUCGCAAAGAAGACGCGAUCGCUCACUUUACAUUACCAUCGACCAGCCCCGUACAAAGGACCCGACCUUAUGCGCCAUCCCACUUUCUCAGAAUUCUCGAAAUUAUGGCAAGUUCAGAAUUUCGAUAGCGAACGGAACGUGUUGUAUCAGACGCUUGUGUUAUACACACUUCUUUGUCUGCCCAAUCUACGGCAUCUUCGUAUGGAUACACACAAUCUGCCUCCUCGCGGACUGCUGCAAGGGAUGCAUGCGAUGAGAGCUUCGAGUGACGCCUUCCUCGCUAGGUUGGAGACGUUCCAUUUUGCGGAGUUUCAAGAAGACAUGGAACAGCACGGCGAAGACUCAUUCCACUACGUGUACCCCUCGUUCCGCGAUUUCGAGAUGUUGUCGCACAUAACGAUGCAAUUCGGCAAACUUACCAAACUUUGCCACCUACCGGAGUCGUUGAAAUGUCUCAAGUUGCAGGAUUGCCAUUUCGACGUCGACUUGAGUGAAGACUGCCUUCGUGGUAUGCUUAAGCUCAAGGACACAUGGUGUCCGCUGAUCGAGCAUCUGUCUCUUCAAGGUUUCAAUGUAUCAGAAGCCAUCGACAUGAUACGGGAGGUUGCGAGAUCCGUGGAUUUGCGGAUCUUUGAGUCACUUGGCAAAGGUCUUGUCUCGUUCUCCAGCCUCUGA